AUGCUUGGCGGCGCAGCCGUUUCUUGGUCAGCUAAGAAGCAAGCAACUGUUGCUUUGUCAACAAUGGAAGCCAAGUAUAUGGCGUUAUUGCACGCAUGUACCCAGGCCUUAUGGAUGCAACAAUUCUUUGAAGAACUGUACCUAUACGCUGAUGCACCAACCCUUAUUCUCUCAGAUAAUCUCGCUGCACUCACCCUAUCCGUCGAAUCUCAAUUUCAUGGACGAUCGAAACACAUCGACAUACGACACCAUUUCAUGCGCAAUAUUAUCGAGAAACGGAAGGUAACUACGUUGUACGUACCGUCCAACGAGAACCUAGCAGACGCCUUCACUAAAGCACUCCCGGCACCACAAUUCAGGUACCUCAUGAGAUCAAUCAUGGGCGAACCGAUCGAAGAACCAAUCAAAGACGAAUUGAUUAACUAA